AUAACGCAACAGUCCAUUGAGGUUUGUUUUUCACUAUUUUCAAAUACGAAAUAUGUUAUAAUUUUUCAUCAUACUUAUAUUUUGUAACAAAACCCGUAACCAUGUUUAGAAGUGGCUUUAUAAAAUUGAACAAAAAAGAGCAGCCAGAAGAAAAAAAACCAAAAGCAUCUGAUGAAAGGGGUGUCGUGUACCUGGGACAUGUUCCCCAUGGUUUUUACGAGAAUGAAAUGAAACUUUAUUUUUCACAGUUUGGUGAAGUUACAAAUAUCAAUAUUCCUAAAAGCAAGAAAACUGGUAAAGCACGAGGAUUUGCGUUUGUUGAAUUUAAGUACCCAGAAGUGGCCAAGGUAGUUGCAGAAACGAUGAAUAAUUAUUUGAUGCAUAAAAAAAUUCUUGUCGCCAAAUAUCUCCCACCAAAUCAAGUGAAGAGUAAUACAUUUUGGCGCAGUGACAAAAAGAAUAUUCCUCUAACUGCAAAAAAUAGAUCAAUUCAAAGAAAGGCAAUGGAAAUACCAUUAGAUUUUGAAAAACAGAAGAAAAUUAAAUCUUCAUUAGAAAAACGCGUGCUAUCUAAGCAAAAAAAAUUUAAAUCCAAAGGAAUUGAGUAUGAGAUACAAAUUUAUAAAUCCAAUCCAUCUAUUAACAUUGAUGAUUCAAAACAAAUUGAGUCUGCAAGUGAAUUUGAAGAUAAUAAUGAUAAUAUAACUUGUUCAGAACCAAAUUCUGAUAUGGAUAAUACACUUAUAAGCAUUCCUGAAAUAACUAAAAAAACUAAAGUAAAAAAAGGAAAAGGCCGUCAACUAAGGAUAAAUUCAUAAUAUAUGUUGUGAACUAUAUUUGUUUUUAGUUUUUAUUUUUUGAUAAAAUUAUAUAUUAACGACUAAAUAAGAAUUAGCCUUAACUUGA